CCCUGGCGCAAGCCGCCGGGAAGGGGGUUGUAGUUCGGAGUGGUUAUAUGAAUUCCAAAAAUGUCUGGGUCUGGAAGAUUGCAACUUGUCAUGGUAAAUCUGAAGCAUGCAAAAAUCUGUGUUGCAUGAGUGCCAAAAGCGGCACACUUUUGAACAAGUUGGAAGGGAGUUUCUCAUGCAGGAUAGGCAUGGCAGAGACCUCGCAGAGUCUGUCAUGCUAUGGCCCGCAUUCCAGACCUCAUGGGUCAUGGAAAAUCUGCAUGACAAGUCUACACUUUUCCAGACCCAGACAUUUUUGCAUUUGAUAGGUUAACAUUUUUACCUAUGUGGACUAAAACUCCGACGCGGCGUGGCCGCCUGACCGCCGCGAUCCACCGCAAGCGCAGCGAAUUUCUGUUGCUAUCCUGUGCAAAAUUAUCGUACUCGUAGUAAUUGCAGUCAUGCAUUACAAUUUUUUUUCCUAAGGUAAAUCCGCAUGACAAACUUUGUUUCUCAUGCUGAGGGAAUUUGUAAUGCAUUUAUACGAGAGCGAUGCGUUUGCAAUGCAUAGUUGCAGCAGUACCCCAAUUGCCCCAGUUUGCAGAUCAAGAAGCAAGCAGCGGAAGAGGAGCAAGACCUCCCGGGGGCUGCACUGGUGGAUCCUGACGCGGAGGAGGUUCUCGAGCAGCACAACCGUUUCGUAAAUAUCUCGGAAGAUGCUGCGCCGGUCAUCGAAGAGUCUAUCCUGAGUAAAAAUGUCCCCACUCCAGAGUCAAAUUGGGAAAUCCGCUAGACAAAUCAGCCACCUCUGGUUGUUUCGCAUGACAGCUUUGUCCUCGUAGUGUGAUCCUGCUUAGUUCGUUCAGCAGCAUCACAGAUCUAGCCUAUCACGCUGAUUGGAGCGCUGCAAGUUCCAAAACACGACUAGAGAAUACUUCUCAUGGGGCUCCGCAUGACAAACAUUUUUCGCAUGCCUACCUGCAUGACAGCUCUGGGGUGGGGACGUUUUUACAUAGGAUAGAGUCCUGGUCCUCCUCAUCUUCCGGAGUGGACGUCGCGGAGAACUACACUAGAACCUAUCAAAAGGAAAAAUCCCCCCUCCCCAUAUCAAAACGAAAUUUCUGAUGCUGGAUUUGAAUACACAAAUCAAAUUUGUGUUGCAGUAGAGGAAUGCACGCAGAUCCUGAGCCUAGGCGGGGGUCUUUUGGUGUAGGCACCUAGCAUGGUAGACGACUACCCUGUGAGCCUUACAGCAUUACAAAUCGCCUGCAUAACGUGGCAGAGAGCCUGGAUCUGCCUUCUAGCAAGACAGGCCCGCUCUGUGGUCACAAAUCACGAGUCUGCUUUUCAGAAGGAUGCGUUUUCAAUAUGGGGAGGGGGGAUUUUUCCUUGCAAUAGAACCCCUACCAAAAGUACUACUAAAAAAACGUCAUUCCAAAUAAAACGCAGUGGCCGGUGCGGUACCCACGGGGGUUGGCUGCGCAAUCCGUUGCGGCUGCACGAACUAGGCAAGCUCUCCGGACCCAACAGUGCGCAGCAGGAGUGGCUGGCGCAGCGGGAAAAAAACAUCGACGACUAUUUCGCGGCACGACUGCAGAACGAGGUCGAGGUGGAGGUGGGUAGCAGGAGCUGCACUACAACUACUGGCGAGAGUGGAGGAGGUCAACAGCAUCUUCUAAAUACCCCCUUUCACGGUGUUGAUCCGUCAAAUUUUUCUGCAUUCGGCGCGACGAAAUCUUCAACCUCUGUUGAUGCUGCGAAGAGCACAAGCAGCAGUACUGGAGGCGGAACCAGAAGUUGUGUAGAAAAUGAUCCUGCAUCGAACAUCAAAUCGCAGGACCAACAUUUGUUCCUCGUCCCCAGUUCUACUCGUAGUACACAAAAACUCCCGCCCAGCCCGCUCUUCCGGCAGCCCUCAAUAAACCUCGCUCCCCUACUGGAGGAGCAGUUGCAAGUCAAGCAGCAAAUUCAAGCCACGAUGCCCGACUCGAACCACUUUCGGCAAGAUCAUGUCGACCUUUUGGUUCGAGGGGUCAAGAAUCUCAACGACGGCGCCAUCGGACCCGGUGAUCAGAUGUCCUUGCAGGACGAGCUACAUCAAGGGGAUUCGAAAACUACACUCCAACAGCUCCUCGAGGAACCUUCUUCAAGAACUACAUCGCCCGGUUUUGAUUUGCCAGCAUCGGCGCAGAUGAGCAGUGGAAGGGCCGCAGCACCACCUUCCGGUGACGUAGUCGUAGAUGGAAAUUAUAAGGGCGCAAGGGUUUCUAUCGAAUAUCAAAUGUAAAAAUGUCUGGGUCUGGAAGACUCAUGCUGUUUUUGCAUGACACAGAAGGUCUGGCAUGGAGGCUCUAGCAUCACAGGUUUCGAGAAGCAUUCGGAAUGCCGAAUCCGCAUGACAAAUCCCUGAUUUUGGUGACAGAAAGUGGGCAACUUUUGCUGCCUAUGCAUGAGAGAUUUUUCUGUGUUCUGAAAUGCGCAUCACAAGUUUCAACCUUCCAGACCCAGACAUAUUUGCAAUGCAUAUCGUAGCAGCCAGCACAACUGCUGCAGCUCCGUCAGAUCUUCACGUUUCUGCAGAGAAUGAAAAUACCACCACGCUGCCGGGAAAAAACUGCUCAUUCUCUCAGCCCAACGGGCACGAGGACCAUGGUUUGCAGCCUGAGGCUGCCGAGAGGUCGUCCUCAAACUGCAUGACUCCGUCUGCUUUUAUCACAAGGAAAAAUCCCCCCUCCCCAUAUCCACCGGAAGUUUCUGAUUCUGAUGCUGGAUUUGCAUAUACAAAUCAGGUCUGUCUUGCAGUAGAGGACUGCAGGCUCCUGCCAAGCCUGAUUAGAGAGGUUUUGGCCUAGGCGCUUAGCGUGGGAAACGGCUAUGCUGUAGGCCCAACAGCAUCCAUCACAAACCGCCUGCAUAAUGCGGCAGAGCCUGUGGGAUUGUCUUCUUGCAAGACAGACGUGGUUUGUGGUCUCAAAUCACCAAGACAAAUUGUCGGAAACAUACCUUUUCGAUAUGGGGAGGGGGGACUUUUCCUUUCAAUAGCUUCGCCCUCUGUACCCGUAGAAGGAGCAACGGCUACGACCAGUCCAGACCGAGUUGAUAUUUCGACAUCAACAGCUGUGGCAGCUAGUACGCCGCGAGAAGAAACGCGACAGGACCUCGUAACAACAUCUAUCCUGAGUAAAAAUGUUCCCACCCCAGAGUUGUCAUGCAGAUUUGCGACUACAGGAAGAUUUGUAAUGCGCAUCUCAUUGAGGGGCGUUUCCAAUCGUGUUUUGGAUUUUGUAAUGCUGUAAACAGGAUGAGCAGAUGGAUUUGUGAUGUGGUUCUCGUUGCUAACAUGCGUAACUACACUACGGACUGCAACUUGUCAUGCGUGGCUCCCAAAACUUCUGGAUUUGUGUCGCUAAGUUCCCAUCUUGACUCUGGUGUGGUGACGUUUUUACAUAUGAUAACAUCGGAUCAUACCCAAUCUCCGUCAGUCUCCAGCGGUAAUAUCGAGGAUUUUGCAGAACCGACAGCCAACCUUUUUGGCAUAUCAAAUGUAAAAGUGUCUGGGUCUGGAAAGUUGGAACUUGUGAUGCUAAUUUUGGACUCUAAAAAAAUCUGUAUUGCAUGACCAGCAAGAGGAGCCACAUUUGUGCUACGCGAGGAGGGCAUUUGUCAUGCGGAAAUGGCAUCAGGAAGCUUUCCAAAAAUCUGUGAUGCUGGGUCAUGCAUUACAAGCAUCAUGGGUCAUGCCAGACAAGCAUGACAAGCCUUCCAUUCUUCCAGACCCAGACAUUUUUACAUUUGAUAUGGCAGUAGUACAGGCAACCCGUGGAAGGAGCUCCGGUGCACGGCGUUGUGCGACGUGUGGAGCAAGGCGGCGCAUCGAGAACACAUCGAAAUCGAUUGGGGUGAGGUGAACCGCUGCGUGCUGCCGAUGAGCGUCAAACCAACGUGGAGAAGAACUGUAGUAGGGGAGAGCAAAGCUGAGGAUGAAGAAUGCUCAAGAACAUCGGGGGAGGUAGAAGUUGUGCAACAACGAAGAUCGCAUUAUCAUCAAAAGGGACAACAACGACCCAAACUCAUGUCACCAUCUGAAUCUCCUCAACCUGCUUGUUCACAACCCCACCGCGACGAGUGCCGCACUCGUCGUGUAUUCCUCCCGUCCACGCAACAGACAGUGACGGCAGCGCGAACCUCCUAUUAAGAGGAAAAAUCCUCCCUCCCCAUUUCAAAAUGGAAAUUUGUGAUGCUGAUUUGUGGUCACAAAUCAUCUUUGUCUUGCCUAUAGGGCAAUAGGAGCCAUGUGGCGCAUUCCAAAGGCAAUCUGUCAUCCGCUUUCGGCUACUGCAAACCUGUUUGCCAUGCGUAAUUGCGAGCCUUCUGCAUACCCAAACAGGCUCAGAAAAUGCCGCCAAGCACUUUCUGCAAGACAAACCUGAUUUGUGUACUCAAAUCCAGCAUCAGAAACUUCGUUGUAAUAUGGGGAGGGGGGAUUUUUCCUCACAAUACCUCCGCGGUUUUGUUCGACACGUCUUUCCGUCAGAUUUUCCGGCUUUCCGGGCGGGACCGCGCGGUGGUGGCCGACUAUGCAUUGUGCAAAUAUGUCUGGGUCUGGAAGAUUGCCAGGCUUGUCAUGCAUAUUUUGCAUGACCCAUAAUGCCUGUAAUGCAUGACCUGGCAACAUCACAGAUUUUCAGAGGGCUUCCUGAUGCCCAUUCUGCAUGAGAAAUGCCCUCGCCGUGAGUCCACAGACUGGACUCCUAAUAUCGCUGGGCCUGCAAUACAGAUUUGUUCAGAAUCCAACGACAGCAUCACAAGUUCUCACCUUCCAGACCACAUCCAGGGAUAUUUGCACUGGAUACCGACCACUUUCUCACGACUGACGUCCGCACCAAGAUGGAGCCCGGGGACGUGUGUUACUCCUGCGUCUUGGACACGAUGGCGCGCGUGCUGGAUGUGGGAUUCGUGUGCAAGAUGCAGAACGACAUUUUUCUCGUCCUCGAGGGCCACGAUGCGAAGCAGACCUUCGACUACCUCCAGAACUACGUCAUGUACACGCGGCAAACUGGGCUUGACGUUACCAUUUCCUCCUCCGAAUGCGGACAAGUCGAUAGUACUUUCAUCUUCGACGACGAGAUCGCGAAAGCGGCGCGCAUACGCAAUUCCACCUUCCACAAGAUGUCGGCAUCCGUGGAAAUUGCAGGACCGGCAAGCGCGGUGACGGUCGCUGGGACCGUGGCGCGACUGUACGAGGACUCUGAUAGAAGUACCGGCGAUGAAAUCAAUCCGGUCGUUUUCCUGUCCUCUAGUCUUGACGAGGAGCCUGAUGAAACAGCCGAUAACAGCACUUCGACGACAGCAACAACCGACGACAGCGUCGUGGCUCGCCCGGCGUCGGCAGCCUUGCGUCGAGCGGCUUCCCUGCGGAAAAAAAUCACCCGCAUGCCAACAAACAGCUGUCUGUCCUUCGCCGCUGCGCCGGGUAGAACGAGAGAACGACGUAGUCGUCCAAGUAUGUUGUUCUCUGCAGAACAAGAGGAUAGUACGUGCCCAACUACAUCAAGUGGAAGCAGUAGCUGUGAAGAGCAAUACGCCUAUAAUCCGGAAGAGCUUCUGCACCUCCACAUCGCCCGAGUCUCGAUGACCGGCGAGGACGGAUUUGUUAUUUUCGGCCAUGACCGGCUGGUGCGGAUUUUCAACGAGAAAGCCCUGAGGACCACAGGGGCCUCCGCACUAGAUGAACCCCAGAAGCAGGCCAGAGUUGUAAUACCAGAACAACGAGAAUUAUGUGAUCAAACGUUUGUUGACGGAUCUUUUACUACAGACGACGACCGCCACGACCCUCAGCUGCUCCUCGGCACCUACCAGGCCUUUGACCUCCUCCGUCUGGAGGCCGGGCACGUCAAAAUGGGCCAGGAUCUGCUGCCCGGCAUGGUGACCCCGGUGAGAGCCUCCCUCGCCUGGACGAUCUCGCAAAACAAGCUUCGCAACCACACCCUCUUCGGGUGGCAACGAUUGUUCUACGAUCUGGCGCGCGGCCCGAAGUGGCGUUUGGUCGGGUUGGAAAUUCAACCGGGCAAGUUCGCGCACCCCGGCUGCGUCCUCAUCUCCGACGGGGGCUUCAUCCGACGGAUGGUGGGGCACAUCGGCAGCUGUUGUUUCUCCCCACAUAAGAAGACCCGGAUUGCGUUGGGCUACGUCCACCCGGAAUACGCGGAGGAGGGGAAGCGCUUGUUUGCCAGCGUGUUGUUCGACCUGCCGGCGGGGAGAAUGUCCGGCGAACGGAUCAAAUUUAUGCUGAGCAAAAACGUCCCCACCCCAGAGUCAAGUUGGGAACUCAGCAUCACAAAUCCAGAAGUUUUGGGGGUGACGCAUGACAAAUUUUUCUCUGUAUUGUAGUACAGGGUAGCAAGCACAACCACAUGACAAAGCCACUCUCCUAUCCUGCUUACAACAUUACAAAUUUCAAAAAACGAUUGGAAAUGCCAUUAGUUACAAAUGUUGCUGUAAUUGCAAAUCUGCAUGACAACUCUGGUAUGGGGGACGUUUUUGCUCAGGAUCAAAUUCCACUUGAUGCAGGGCAUCAAGCGGGGUAACUACAGAAAAUUGGUGCCUCUGAAGGUGGUGGAUUUACCCUUUGUGCAACAUAGACCACCACUUUUAGAGAAAAUGACAACGAUAAAGACAUGACUACAUGAUCACGACUUCCCGGGGCCAGUGUAU